AUGCGCAGCGGCAUCCGGUUCGCAUGCGCAACCUUCAUCGCAGACUGGUUGGGUGCGGGGGAGCUGUUCCAGAUCUCAGAGGAGGAGUUUGGGACGCGAGAAGUCGAGUGGAGUCCUGAUCACAGUCAUGAAGCAGAUCGACAUGAAUUGAAAUCCACUCCUCUGAUUGGAGAGCGUCCUCUCAAAGCUUACAAGGAACUGAUGGACAACAAUGUGGAGGUGUCACUGCAAGAUUUCCGCCUCUCCGCCGGUGGCGGUUACCGACCACUCUUCUCAGAGGAGGAACUGCGGGCGCUCUUCGCCGAUCACCUGCAGCUGCGGACGGUGGACCCCAACUGGGAAAGGCCCCCCCAGAGGCACCUGGAAGGCCAUGCCUGUGGAACUGACGGGCUUUGCGAAGCUCCAGAUCCGUCGUUGUGCAUCGACCAGUUGCUUCCGGUCCUUCUGCGUGAAGUGCACCAUGCCAUGGAAUUCAUUCAUGGAGAAGUCGAAGUCUUGCAGACUGUGGCGCUGAUGACCGGCACCUCCGCAGCCGCCGGCCGCACCCCGCCGCUCUUUGGGCGUGCGGCCUCGACGGUGGCGGCCUUGGAGAUGGUUCUGGGCGUUUUCCUGGGCGUCUUCGAGCGGAUCGACUUCAAUCCGCGCCUCGCGAGCUGUUUGGCAACGCCCAUGGGACAAGAACUGCGCGGGGCCGUUCAGAGGGCCUUGGAAGAUCACAAGGCGCUGGUGCCAGCGCUGAGGGAGAUGCGAUGGGAGCUGGCCAGCUAUAGCAGGUUGGCACAUGCCAAGUAUGGCUCCCAGUGGCAUGCCGAUACAGCACUUCACGUGGCCUCACAGGCAGAGUGGGCCCUUUACCAUUUGGCUCGCUUGGAUGAGCACUUUGCAGAGCGGCUGGGGAUUGCUGAGGAAACUGAAGGAAACCUGGCACUGUUGCAGCCUGAGCCUUUAAAAGUUGAGCCGCCCACGGAUUGGGCCCUGGAGCUUCGCACAGCACUGCAUGUGGAAGGGGAGUUGUUGCACUUGGACAAGGGCCUUCUUCGGUUUCUUCUCCGCGAUCUCCUUUACCGCGAUGAACACGUCUGUGACCUGGGCGCCUUUGCUGGUCACUAUUCCCUUUGGCUCAACGACACCGGCCUCGUCACCUCCUUCGCCUUUGACGCCGUGACCGCCGUGACCGCCAGCGUGCGGCCCAUGGACUUGACCGAGGAGGGUGCCGCCGCAGAGCUGCCGAUCCGAUGUGCUGUGGUGCUGUGCUUGGAAGUCUUGGAACAUAUCCCCAGACAUCAGGAGGAGGUGGCUCUCAAGAACCUGGGCCGUUUGGCAGGGCGUGCGCUGGUGUUGUCCUGGGCGCCGCCCCACAUCCCGGGGCCCGGCCACAUCAACCAACGCCCCACGCUGGACGCGUGGGCGCGGGUCGAGGAGGUCACCGGGCUUCAGCGGAGCCACGAACUCACUGAAGAAGCUCAGGCCCGCAGCGAGAUCCCUUGGAUCCGCGAGUCCGUGGCGAUCUUCUUCCGAGUCCCGGGUGCCACGUGCUUGGUGUACCUCGGCGAUGCCGCGCUCGCACAGAUGGCGGUGCAAGUGUUGCAGGGAUAUUCCUUGCGACGGCACAGUCUGAAUUUCAUGGCUGCCGCAGUGCCACAGGGCAGUGGCACCAUCUUCGUCGGGAACCUCCCGUCAGAGGCAGACGAGCUCUCCUUGCAUGAGCUCUUUUCCAGUCAAGCGGCUGUGGCCGACAUCCGCCUGGUGAGGCAUGAGACUGUGUGUUUCGGGUUUGUCGACUUCAAGAACCACCACGAUGCCAUGAAGGCCUUGGAGGAAUUGCAAGGGGUGAAGUACUUGGGGAGGGCAUUGCGCUUAGAUGAGCAACAAGUGCGGCCCAACUUCACUCCGGUGCUCAGCCGUUGCCCCCCAGCGCGCGAGCGCGGGGAGACCAAGCUGAAGCGCCAUGGCCCGGACGCACGCAAGCUCUUUGUUGGUGGGAUCAGUCCUGAGAUCAAGGAGGAGGAGGUGCAGCAAAGCUUGGAAGCUUUGAAGGGCGCCACUGAGGUGUCAAUCCAUCAGAACAAGAACAAACUGGGCAGCUAUGCCUUUGUGUGGUUCAGCACUCCAGAAUUGGCAGAAGAAGCCAUGCAGAAACGCCUUGUGGUGUGUGCGGGGCAGAAGUUUCAUUUGGAGCGGACCAUGAAGAAAAAAGAGGAACCGCGGACAGAUCUCAUGGUGUGUGGUUUGCCAGAGGACGCCCAGCCGCAGGAGCUGCAGGAGGUCUUCGACUCAGUGGCAAACGUGGUUGAGGUGGAGAUGCUGCCAUCGAAUGGAAGCGGCGCAGCUGCCCGAGUGUCGUUUCUGGAUGCCAAGGAGUUGGAGAAGGGGCAGGGCUUCUUGCAGCAGGGUGCUUCUUUGCGGGGCGCCAGCUUACGCCUCCGGAGCCGCUCCCCGAGACGGAGGUCUCAACUCAGCCGUCCGCACCUCAUCGUGAAGAAUUUGGUCUCUCCUGAGGAGGAGACCUUGCGAGACGCCUUCAGUGUGAUGGGCAAGUUGCGCCGAGUAAAGAUGAUCUUUGAGAAAGACUGGGGCGACUUCAAACGCUGUGCGUUUCUCGAAUAUGAGGACGCAGAGGUGGUAGAGGAUGCGAUCCAAGCUUUGAACAAUAGCUCCUUGAUGGGCGAGUGCAUCAAGGUGGAGAGGUAUCGAUCCUUGACACCUGAGCGAACACAGACCAGAAGCCCUUCGCCACCAGCACAGAAGAGAAGUAAACGCAGGCGCCGGGGAGGAAAAGCCGACGUGGCGGAGCGCGCGCCACCGGGGGAAUGGACGCCGCCGCCGGCGUGGCCGGUGGCACCCUAUCCGCCGGCCGCGCCCUAUCCAGUGGCGCCUCCGGGGAGGUCAGGAGACGGAAAGAGGGCUGGGGAAACAUGGGCAGAGACUGCAUGA